CAACCAACAACCCGAAACCGAUAAAUAAAUAUGAUCCAGAUCCUCAACAUCUCUUCUUUCCAAACCCUUUCCUCCUUUCUGGUUUGGGAGUAUGGACACUCUUACUCAAAACCAAAACAAACAACUUAUGCAUAACAAAACCCAUUCUUCAACAAUUAACCAUUGACAUGGCACCAUCUCAACACAAACCACUCUCAAACUUCAACUCUCCUCCCGAUUUCUUCCUCGCAGCUCUCUCUCUUCUCUACCUUUUUACUUCUCCCAAACCCUUCAAAUUCCCUUUUCUUUCCUUCCCAAAAUACCCUCGUCGCGUUCGCAAAAUACCCAUCAUGUCCUUCUCCCACUCACAAUCCAAUCUCCACUCUUUCGCCACCCCUCAAUCUCUCUCUAAUUGGCUCAAUCCUCGCUUGCCCUCCAAUUCCUUCGCCUCCUGGGGCGUGAAACCUGGCACUAAGAACAUCCACAACCUCUGGCUCGAAUUAUCCGAGGGCGAGACCUGUCUCGCCGAUUCCAGCCCUCCAAUUCGCACAGUUAACGUGGUUACUGUACGGAUUCUCGGGAAGAAUAAUCAAAUUCUGGUUGAAUCCCGCCAAGAAUUGUCCGACGGUAGUGUGAGGAACCGGUGGCGGCCCUUGGCGGAGAAGAUGAAGGCGAAUGAAACCCACGAAGAGGCCGUGAUUCGUGCGGUGAAAGAAGAGUUGGGUUUUGAUGGGAACACUGUGAGAAUCGUUCCCGGGUCGUAUAAUAAGAAGGUGGAGGAGGGGAGUUCGAAUUCGUAUCCAGGUUUGCCGGCUCGUUACGUGGUUCAUUCGGUGGACGCUUUGGUGGAGGGAUUGCCGGAUGAUGAUGGAGAGUUUUGUACGGAAGAGGCGGAGGAGUAUGCGGAUUUUUCCGCGGCGGCGGAGGCAUUGUGUGUGAAGAGGCAUUAUUGGAGAUGGGUUAGUUCUGAUUUUAUUCCUUCUUGAGUAAAUUAUGAAGUUUUUUUUUUUAAUUUUUUUAUAUGUGCAAUUAUUGAUUAUGAUUAUAGACAGUGAGAAGAUUUUGUUUAUAUAUCCAAUUAUUUAUUCUUCUGGUGAGAUAGAUGGAUAAAAUAAAGACAAUUCUUUCGAUCAUUUAGUUGUUUAUUGUAAAAGAGAUUAGUUUGAUGUUUAUUGGAAAAGGGAUUAUCAGUCCAGUGAUUUGAUUGUGAAGCUUGUGGUGAGAUAUAAGGGUAAAAUAAAUACAAUUUUCUCCAUCAGUGGUAAGAUAGAAGAUAAAGACAAUUUUCACCAUCAGUUUGGUGUUUAUUGUAAAAGAGAUUUUCAUUCCAGUGUUUCACUUAUGAAGCUAUGGAUUAGUUAUGAUUUUAUUGCUUCUUGA